UUGGCAAGUAAUCGCUCUCUGUCACACAUGCAUGGACUAACUUUAGAAAGGGGAUUUUCACAUCCCGGGACAUUCCUACCUCCAGAGCUCAAUUUAAACGUGAAAGUGAAACUGGGAAUCGCAGAUCAACGAGGACGCCUGAAGACGCGUUUCUUCACUGCAGCCACAAAGGCGAAGAUGGAACCUGUAUUGAAGAUGUCCUUCAUGCCAGUCUUGGGGUUGUUUUUAACAAUAACUGCAUCGGCACACAGCGACCUUUUAUCACUGAACUGUGAAAAUAACAUUACUGGGAUAUACGCCACCCCAACAGAGAUAAAAUGCACUUUGAAGGCCCAGGCACACCUAGAAAUCAACAGAUUAUUGUGGAUAAAGGAAGGAUCCCCGGUGAAGGAGCUUAUUCACUUUGAUGGGAGCAAACCAAAUACUACAGACUCUGAACGUUUCACACUGUCAAAACAGGACCAGAACACCGAUAUCUCCCUUCUGUUGAAGAACACUCGGAUUGAGGAUGAAGGAACAUAUAAGUGUAUUGUAAUGGCAAAUGCUGGCCAUAAAGAAUACCAGAUUUACCUAAAAGUUGAAGCUGGAUAUUCCCCACCUGAAAUGAAAAAAUCAGCUACUGCCGUGAAUUGUAGCACUGGAGGUGGAUAUCCAAAGGGAGAACUGCGCUGGGUGGACGAGAGUGGGGCUGACCUGACAAGCCAAGCGAAGAGCACAUUCAAAGUGACCGAUGGUGGGCUGAUCCAGUUGCACAGCGAACUGAAUAUUUCACUCAAGACUGGUUACCACUCUUACACCUGCAUUGUGCUCAACAGCAAGGGAGUAGAAGAAGGAAGAGACACUUUAAUAAUUCCAGAAGUUGAAAAGCAGAAAGUGGAAGAUGAACAAAAAAAUCCUUCCAACCACACGGGGAUAAUCAUCACUAUUUGUGUCAUCCUGGUGGCUUUAAUCAUAAUAGCUGUGCUCUUCAUGCGAUGGAACAGAAGGCCACAUUUUAAGCUUAUUCAGUCCGUAGCUUGAUGGGAAGUAUUUGCUUUUUUGAGCGUUGUAUUGCCAGACUUCUCUUCAAGCAAGAGCUGUUGUCUUUCUUUGUGAAAGUCCUGUAUUUCUGACAACAUCCUAACAUCACCAAGAUUGAACUUUGCAAUUAUAUAGCUUGCUUCAGUCAAUGAGCUAAUCAAUUAUGUUUUUAUAUAAUGCCUUUCACAAUGAAUCGUAUCCAUACAGUUCACUGCAGAAGGAUCACAGAGAGUCGCGGUUUUAUUAGUUUAACUUCUAGCUUCUGAAUAGUCUGUGGCACUUUUACAAUCCUGCCUGAAACUUGUGAGACACUGUGAAACAUUUCUGGAGGAGCCACGUAACAAAAGGCCAGAAUGACAAGGGAAAGGUAAACCGAAUGGUUGAAGAAAAGGAAGAAAAAUGUGGCCUUUCACCAGCAGGUGGCAGUGUGGGGGAAUAGGUAACAUUAAAGAGUUCUCAUUCAUUUCUUUUUUUUUAGUUGGUGUUUUUACGACUGGGUGAUCUCUACCUUCUGCUGGUCCUAAGGUGGUCCCAGUUAUAACCCAGGGUGCAAGUGAAAUUCCAUUUACUGGCACCUUACUUAACCGCUGCCAUGGGUCUGGUUUUGAUCUUUGAAGUGGUUGCCCUAUCAGUGCAGCUCUUUGUUUUUACCUGAGAAUUGUUCUGUGAUUUACUUUAUUGAUUUACAUUUAUGCAACCAUUUUAACACACUGGAGGCUUAACUACUACCAGAGGCGGCCUUAGGGGUGUGCAGAGCCUUAGGGUUGACCAACCUCACACGGGGCCGGUUACGUCAAACGUUGUUACCGGUAUGUGUGGACUGUAAAAACUUGCGCACGAAUUUAAUAAAAAUAACACGAUGUAAAAAUAAUCAAUCUAAAUUUUUGCAAGAUAACACAUGGACUUUAUCAAAAUAUAACAGGAGAAUAAAUAUAACUUGACGAAUCUGCUCGAAUGGGACACGCGGACCUCAAAAGCAGGGCCCCCGUAGGCACGGGGCCCACUUGCCACCCCCAAACGCUGCUCUGAACUCCUACAUUAGUCCUCUCGUAUUUGCAGUCGCUAAGCUCAUCCAUCCACUCCUCCAUUUUCUGUACCCCCUUUGUCCAGAGGAAGUCACAGUCCGUCCCAGAAAGCUUUGUAGAAAAUCACAUCAGCUUACAUGAUGAAGACUUUUUGUCAGAAUCAAAAACACUGGAAAAUGAAAAUGUGAAUAUAUUGAUUUCCAUAUUUGUUAAUAAUUUUAAAUAGCGUUUCUAUAGAUAACAGUGAAGACGGAAUAAACAUUUCAGGUGAGCAUUGAGUGCCCUGAAAACGAUCACUGGAGCGACAGAACACAAAACGCAAGAAAGUGAGGAAAUAGGCAGGGUGUGAGCACUUAAAGCAUGAUAGUCAUGAAAUAUCGACCGUUUAGAUAGCAAUCCUUACAAGAAAAAUAUAAUCGGUUGCAAUAUUUAACCUUCAGAAAUAAUUACACUAACCAAAAGUUCAAAAAUACAUUUAUAGAGGAAAUCACAGCCAAGUGCUGUGUAGAAAAAACAAAUACAUUAGAUGAGGAGCCGUCAUCCACAAAGAGUUAUUGGACCAACAAACAAAGAGCGAGCAACAAGAACAUGACAUAAACUAAAAGAGAGAACAUCAUCACGUCAACCAAUUGCGUUAUAGUCUGCCAUCAGAGAAAGCCAGGGAAUUCUUGAAUAGGGAGAUGAUAUGGGAGUCAGAAGCUGAACGAGGUUCAUAACCAAAAACUCAGUCCUAUCUUCGGCCAAAAAUCUAAAUUAGAAACUAAAAAAACAAACUCAAAAAUGAAAAGCAAGAAGUUUGGAUAAAGGUCAAAAGCACAAACACGAGGAGGUUGGGAUAGCGCAUUGCUGGACCCCACCACACGCCGAACCACCAGGAGUGCAGUGGGUGACACCUCAGUACCACACUAAACAGUGUGAGGCUGCGGCUAAGGAUCUGUGCUGGUAUCCAGAAGGUUGCCGGUUUGAAUCCCCGUCACUGCCAAAAGAGAUCCUACUCUGCUGGGCCCUUGAGCAAGACCCUUAACCUGUAAUUUCUCCAGGGGCGCUGUACAAAGGCUGACCCCGCACUCUGACCCCAAGGGGUAUGCGAAAACUAACGAAUUCCUAAUACAAGAAAUUGUAUAAGGCGAAAAAAUAAAGAACAAAAGUUUUCCCUGUAGGUUGGAGGACCUGCUUGCAGGGCUGGAUGCAGGUGAACAUCAUACUCAGGACGAAGCAGGUUAAGCCCAACAGAGUAGAGACUCUUCUGGCGUUUACGGGAAUCGAACCGGCAACCUUCCGAUUAUCCUGAUGACGGCCCUCCAAAGUCAAACAAAAUGGCGUCAAAGAAUAGCGCUAAACAUUAACAACACACAUAAAAAAAGCCUUCUACCAAAAAAAACGGACAUCAAACAUUAAUUUCUUGGGGUUAUGAGUCCGUAGGAAAGACACAUUAUUGAUUGUUUUAGAGAAAGCCCCGGAAAAAUUUAAAACAAAAAUAGCAAUUAGAAUAUCGUGCUGCCAAAAUGAUGGCGGACACCAGGGAAUGAAAUGAAAGUCAAAGCUAAUGGCCAAUUCAACACCCCGGGAUCUUUCAUCAGAUCCAAAGACUGCGGUCAGCAUUUGUGUAGCAAAGGAUCUUGAGCCUGAGAAAACAUUAUUACAAAAGACAAGAAAAGAAAAGAAAUAAAAAGAAAUACACACAAGCCUGUAGAGAUUUGUUUUGAAAAUCCGUAAACUUGGAUUUUAGAAAACUCACAAUGCUAUUCUUCAUGAAUUCUGUGUGUAAC